CCUACCAGCGGGUAAUUGCUUUGGCUUGUUUUUGUUUAGAAUAACAGCUAGAUCGUGUUUGCUUGGAAAAAGAGACAUAAAAGGAUGAAAAUCAUAGGUAUUCCCGCCGCUCAGGGCUAACCACUAUUAAUAUUUUGGUGAAUACUCAGAUUUUUCUACGCCAGUAUAUAUGUACGAACUUUUUAAUGAAACAUUCUUUCCCAUGUUUUAAACGAGCGUAUCAACUUUCAUUUGCUUCCUUUUAUUUUUAGCCUUUUAAAAACCUUUACUCCUGUAAAUAGCUUAUUUAAUCAUUCAUUGUGAUUUCAUACUAAGUACAUUCUCCCAGAGCAACUAGGAAUGUGGGGAUGCAUGCUUAUUUCUUAGAGUUGUGUUGAUAGGUCACAGUUUUUAGUGUCUCAAGUGAUAAAACGGAGCACUGACACCUUCCCUUCUGGCCCAUCAGGGUUCUUGUUACCUCAAGGGAGAGGCAACUUACUGCAGCACUCUGAAAACUAUGGAUUGUUAUUUAAACCUUUCCCAUGGUUUGGCAUGGACAUUGGGGGGACUCUAGUAAAGCUCUCCUAUUUUGAACCUAUUGAUAUCACAGCAGAGGAAGAACAAGAAGAGGUUGAGAGCUUAAAAAGUAUCCGGAAAUAUUUGACUUCUAAUGUAGCAUAUGGAUCCACUGGUAUUCGGGAUGUACACCUUGAACUGAAGGAUUUAACACUUUUUGGCCGAAGAGGGAACUUGCACUUUAUCAGAUUUCCAACCCAUGACCUGCCUACUUUUAUCCAAAUGGGAAGAGAUAAAAACUUCUCAACAUUACACACGGUGCUAUGUGCUACAGGAGGUGGUGCUUACAAGUUUGAAGAAGAUUUCCGCACAAUUGGAAACCUCCACCUGCACAAACUGGAUGAACUUGACUGCCUUGUAAAGGGCUUGCUGUAUAUAGAUUCUGUCAGUUUCAAUGGACAAGCAGAGUGCUAUUAUUUUGCUAAUGCCUCAGAACCUGAGCGAUGCCAAAAGAUGCCUUUUAACUUGGAUGAUCCCUAUCCACUGCUGAUAGUGAACAUUGGUUCAGGAGUCAGUAUUUUAGCAGUCCAUUCCAAAGACAACUAUAAACGAGUAACCGGGACAAGCCUUGGAGGAGGUACCUUUCUGGGUUUAUGCUGUCUGUUGACUGGCUGUGAAAGUUUUGAAGAGGCUCUUGAAAUGGCAUCCAAAGGUGACAGCACCCAAGCCGACAAGCUGGUCCGUGAUAUUUAUGGAGGAGAUUAUGAAAGAUUUCGUCUGCCAGGUUGGGCUGUAGCAUCUAGUUUUGGGAAUAUGAUUUAUAAGGAUAAGCGAGAAUCUGUUAGUAAAGAAGAUCUAGCAAGAGCAACUUUAGUUACUAUCACCAAUAACAUUGGGUCUGUGGCACGAAUGUGUGCUGUUAAUGAGAAAAUAAACAGAGUUGUCUUUGUCGGAAACUUUUUACGUGUCAAUACUCUCUCAAUGAAACUUUUGGCAUAUGCACUGGAUUAUUGGUCAAAAGGUCAACUGAAAGCAUUGUUUCUAGAACAUGAGGGAUACUUUGGAGCAGUUGGUGCACUUCUUGGGCUGCCAAAUUUCAGCUAAAAAGCAUCCGGUUUCUCUCUGCUAAUAAAUGUCAUCCAAGAGGAACUGAAAACCAGAGGCAUCAUUACUGGGAACCAAAGGAUAACAGAGUAGCACUACUGCUGUUGAUUUUUAAAUGUCAGAAUGGUAAGCUGCUGAAAGUUGCCAUAUUAAAAGAGAGCUUGGUAACAUGUGAAGUAUUUCUAAUUGAAAUGCUUUCCCUUCUGUAUAUAACCAGUGUUAAAUCCUUAAAUGCAAUACAGCCUCUGAUUCUUGAGCUUCCUCUGAGAAGAUUUUCUAUUUAUUUUAUGUAGCCAACAUUGCAGUACUGUAUGCUCAAACACAAAUCUUAAAGUCUCAGAAAUGUUUAGCUCCUGAAAAUAAUUGAAUCUGAAUAAGUGUGUUCUAUGUGUUUUGGUUACUGGUAAGUGGACAGUAACAUACUCUGUAUCAAACUUAUUGAAAUGGCUAUCAAAGAUGAUCAUUUUUAUGUGAUUUUAGAAAUGUUAAGGCAAUAUUAAUUUUUCAUUAUUGUAGUUUUGUCAGCAUUUCCCCCGGCCAAAAAAGCACGUUUAUGUGAUCUUUUCCCAGACAUACAAGCUUUUUCAAAUGGUAUAAUUUAAUUAGAAUACUAUUGUUAAAUAUUAGCCUGAAUUUUAAAAUGAAUCCUAGAAAAUGCACAGAAUUGGUGAUAUUGCACUUCCUGUAUUUUUUAAGUUAAUCAUUAUAUUUAAAAAUGUUUCAUAUUUUUUAAUUGGAGGCUCAAUUACUUAUUUGAAAGUCCAUUUAAUGAAGUCCCAGGACUCUUCUAGUAGAAUAUGUUUUGUGUGCAUUGAUAGAAGUCUGUGAUCUUUCUGUACCACAUUUAUCUUGGGCCCAAACUGAGUCAUUUCUGUUUAAUUAGGUCUGACCAUCAAAACUACAGACUUGAAUCUAUUAUGAACAGCAACCAAAUCAUAUUCUAAACAGAUGUGAUGGAAAUCUGAAAUAUGAAUGGUUUUGAAACUGUAGGAGUCUGAGGCAGUAUUACAGAAUUCUAAAAAGAUCAGUGUUUUACCAUUUUGGUAAUAGAGGCAUUAUAGUUUCAAAAUUUGUAAGUCCUUUUGCCUUGGAAUUUGUUCUCUAUUUUAAAGUCAUUUUUUAUAGUUUUAUACUUUUCAGAUUUUUACUUUGGCAGCAACAUUUUGGAGGUCCUAUAGCUCAGCAAAUACUCAAGACCGUUACUUAAUGGUUUACAAAGUAGACUUGGAGAAAAUAUUCACCUCCUUAAAUCACCAGUAAAUCUGGAUGUACUUGGAAGAGUUUAAAAAUUGUGUAUAUUACAGGAAGAAAGAAGUAUUAGUAUGCUUUUAUAGAACAUAAUUUUGCUCCAUAAAGAACAAUUUGCAGUAGAGGUGCUGGACAUUUCUCCUUAUAGUUUUCAAAUUUUGUGCUCAAAUAUUUAAAAUUCAGUUUUACUUAUCUAAAGACAUGAACAUAUGAACAAUAGGAGUGAAUACUUAUAGGAAAAAGCAUGCAAGGUAAUGUUGUGGAAUUUAGAAUAUUUGGAACUUGGCCUUCCUGUUCAGUCAGUAAGCCACUCUGAAACCCGACAGUGACUAAACAUCUGUGACUUUACUGUUUCCGUUGUUGUGGUUAGAUCUUUCUGUCACUACAAAAAGCUACAUGUUCAGUUUAUUUUAAAAUUUUGUGAUUUGGACAUUUGUACAAAAUUUUUUAUUUUUAAAUGAUAAUUUCACAUUGUAUCUUGUGGCAAACUACGUUACCAGCUGUAGAUUUAGGACUGUGUUUAAGAAAGAAAUGGAGGGGUGCCUUGCUGGCUUAGUCAGUUGAGUGUCUGACUCUUGGUUUCAGCUCAGGUCAUGUUCUCACAGUUUGUGAUUUUGAACCCUGUGUCAGGUUAUGCACUGCUAGCAUAGAGCCUGCUUGGGAUUUUCUCUCUGCCUCUCCACCACUCACAUUCUCUCUCUCUCGAAAUAAAUAAAAACUUAAAAAACAAAGAAAAGAAAAUGGAAUGGUCAGGGUCCAUGUAAGUUAAUUUGAUCAAUGCUCUGGUUAAUCUGAGAAUGUGGUUCAUACUUUGUGUCCUUUGAAACUGAUUUCCUAUUAAAAUGCAUAUAAAGUGAACAACCCUUUCAGCACUGUUACUCUUGGCCAUUCUCAUGUAUAGUCAAGAAUUACUUGAGUAAUAAGAAUGAACACAGAGUUGUGAUCCAGACUGCCAAGAUUAUGUUUUUUUAAACAUAAUCUCAUGAAAUUCUUUGUAAGCAUACAGUGGUAAAUAGGUUUGGUUCUAAGCCCAAACAGCAUAAUGCCUCAGAGCUCUAUUUCUAUUAGGCUAUACUGUUUAAGAACAUAAAGUGUGAGCAGUAUGUAAUGUUAUGUUUUCUAGCAGGCAUAUUUAAAAAGUAAAAAGAAACAGGUGAAAAUCAUUUUGAUUAUAUAUUUCUUCUUGACCCAGUAUAUCUGGUAUGUUACUAUUUCAACGUAUAAUCAAUAUAAAAUGUUAUUUAGGAGAUACUGUACCUUUUCUUUUCUUUUUUUAUUACUUUGCCUUCAAAACCAGUGUGUAUUUACACUUAAUAGCACAUGUCAGUUUAGGCUAACCACAUUCCAGGUUCUCAGUAGCCACAUUUGAGUAGUAGCUACUGUACUAGACAGUUCAGUUCCAGAACCAGCUCUUAAAAAUGACCACUAUCAAGUAUCCAUGAAAAUUUUAUGGAUAAGGGCUUUUAAAAGAAUACUUGAGAAGGGGAUAUGGGAAAUGUUAUUUUUUAUGGGAAAAAUAUGGAACUUUUUAAAAAAAUACAGAUUAAGAAGUACCUUGUUUGGGCUAGUUUAUUUUACAAAGACAAGCUGUAUUUCUGACUGUUCCAAAAAUAGCUUACAUUGGAUCCUGCCAUUUCAUUAUACUGUGUAUCAUUUUUCCAGUGAUACACUGGAUAAAGUUGCUCACGACCCAUCCUGACUGGCCUCAACAGUCUCCAAAAUGUCUUUUUCCUUCACUGAAGCAAAUUUGAGGAUUCCAUUGACUUAAAUCACCUUCCCACCCCCAACCUCAUCUACUUGAAUUUAGAGAAGACAAUUUUAAAGGACAAAAAAGAGACCCUUUUAAUUCUUCAUUGAGUUGUAUAUACAUGAGAGAAUUUUCUUUAUAACUUUUGGAUUUAAUUUUCAUUCUUAAAAACUGAUAAUAUUUUCAGAUGCAAAGAGCACUAUCAGUUUGGGGGCUUGGUAAAGAACACAAGGUCUAGAACUUUCCACCACCAACCCCCUUGUCCCCCCAAAAAAGAUUGCCUUUUAACUAGAGACUCUUAAAACUAAUGGCCUUCAGUUCUAUAACCAGUUUCUCCAUAGACCUAGUAUUAGACUUGCUUGACUGUCAACAGGGGUAUUUAUUCCUUGUUUGGCUGCUCUAAUUUAAAUAGGUGGGCUCUUAGUUUAAAUAAAUGGCCAUUGCCAAUAACAUAUAUACGACAAUUGAUGGUCUUUCAAAAGGUUCAGAUUCCUUUGCCAAAUUAGACUCUGUAAAAUUCCUGAGUUUUUACUUUUACAUGCAAAUGUGAUUACUGUAUUCUAAGUACCAGUUCCUGAAAGUCGUUUCUAUAAGAAAAAUGAUGCAGCUGAAGGGAAAGGUUUUCCUCUAUGUCCUGUGGGACUCUUACCUUUGAGAGCAGUCUUGCCUUGAUUUCUAAGGUUGCAUUCUUGGGUGGAAAGCUUAUUAGCAAGUUAAUAGUUCCCAGAUAUCCUUUAUAACCACUUUGCUUGUUAUAUGCAAAAAUUUUAUAUUUUGUUUGGUGUAUCUUUUUUUUUCUGUUGAGCACUUUAUGCUUUUUAGUCUAUUGCAUUUGAGAAUGUAGUUUAGAAAUCCUUUCUUAUUUAAAGCCAUGUAAAAACUGUUAAAGGAUAAUCACCAGAAAAAAUGAGUGUGCAUUAUUUUGCAUUUAACUUACUGGUUUGUGGUAUGUAUAAACAAAAUAUUAGAAAUAUAUUGCCUUUUUGUAAUCCUCCUUGACCUUAUUUAAGAUGAUUUGCCAAGAAAUAUCAUUGAUGUCCUGUUUUCCUAGUAAGUUUAUUUUAGUGUGUUUUAUUCUAAUACUGAAGGAAUUCAGCCAACUUUGUUUAUAUUGUCAGAUAACCUCAGAAAAUAAUGUGCUUUAUCUGUAUUACUGCCUAUUUUCAAUAUCUGAGACAGUAGUUGUCUUAUAUUUUCUACUGAGCCUAGUAAUAAUCAGCAAAGACCAAAAGAAGUAAUUUCUUUCUUCCUUUAAGGUAUUUUUAAUAGCCUGAUAAAAAUAAUGGUGGCUUGAAAAGUAAAUUACCCCAGCUUUUUGACCAUAUCUAAAUUCUGAGUAAUUUCCACUUCUAAAAAGUUCAGAUGUCUUCUAAAAGCAGUCUCUAUUGCUUGUGUUAUCUCUUGUGUAUUCAGUGGAUGUGGGUAUCAUGAUUUGGUAUUACAUUGGAAAUAGUGCCAGCCACUCUUCUAAAUUCUUUGAAUAUUAUUUUCUUUCAUUGUAAAAUGAGGAAAUUGAUUUGUUACAAUGGGAAAGGACACUGUUAUCAUCAAGAUCCUGAAAGACAGUUGGUUGCUCCAUUCAUGGCAGCAUUUGGAGACUAAACUCAUUUGUUCAGAUAUUUGGUGUCAGUGUUUUGGAGUUAAUUUGAUUUGUAUAUGUUGAUAGGUACUAGAUUCUGGAUUCUCACCAAACCAAUAGAAUGAUAUUAGGUUUCUCUCAUAAUGUUAUGUUAUUGCCUGUAAUGGCCAAGUAGAUCUAUCUUAAAGUAAUAUAAGAGGUUUUAUAUAUAUAUAUAUAUAUAUUAAAACUGUAUGUGUGUGCUUUAAUCUGUGGAAGUAUCAGAAAUUUUUAUUGAGUUAACUCUAAAAUUAUGUGGACAUUAUUAGAACUUUUCCGUUGUACAAAAAGAAACAUCCCACUAAAUUCAUGAAUGUAUGAAUAUUAGAUAUAUUUGAGAUUCUUUAGUGGCCAUUGUCUUCAAGUUUUUUCUUUCUGGUCAUUGUGAGUAGGAACAGAUGUGAGAUUAACCCCUCCAAGAAUUACUUACUGCUUUUGUCAAACACAGUUUGUAGCAAAAUGUAUAAAACAGUUUUAAUUACCUCCAGGUGAGUUAAAAUGUCAUGUAUUCUAGUCAUCUACAUCCAAUAUGAUGAAGGCCUAAAACACUUUUAUCCUUAGAAUUAUCUGAGGAUAAUCAAAUUGUACAUGUGUGUGACAAAAUAAUGUAGCAGUGAGUUGAUCUGGGACUUCAAGUACAUGAGUUCGUGCUGAAUGAUGUGUUUGAGGGGAAUUUUUCCCCCCUUAAAAAAAAUCUAGAAAUCUUUACAUUCUGGCUUUUUGUAUAGUGAAGAGAUUAUUUUUCUUUUGUAUUGUUAGUCAUUUUGCUGCAGCAGCCACUAAUUCUGUGUUUAAAAGAACUAAGGUGGAAUGUAUUUUUCAAAGGAGUGAAUGAAGUUAAAAUUCAAGGUUUUGAAUUAUAUAAAAUAUGCAACUAAAUUUCAAUUCUGAGAUAUUGCUGGUUUUGUUUUUUGGGUUUUGUUUUGUUUUGUUUUUUUGCUAUUUCUUAACAUCUUUCAUUCGUUGCAGUAACAGUUUCAAUAGCUUUCAAAGAACAUUUCAACUUUUACAUAAUUUGUAAAGCAUAUGUAAGUAAUGCAAAUAGUUUGAGAUAAUUUUGGCUUUACAUUGUAUCUCUGAAUCAUGGACAUCAUAUCUGUCACAGUCAGUAGUGAUUACAGAUAACCAAGCCAUUUUGAAAUUUACCACUUUUUUCCUGAGGGGCCCUUUUUAGUUUACAACAUUUAGAAGCAAAGGGUAACUUUAUACAUCUAACAUCAAUAUCUUAGUCUCUUGAUCCCAAAUAUAAUUAAUGGAAUUAGGAUAUAAGUCAUAUUAAGACAGUUUUAUCAUGUCUUUAUUUGAGCUUUUUAUUUGAACUACAUUGAGAGUUCAGCUUUUUAAAUAAGUUGAAUGGCACUUGUCUUACUUCUGCCCAGUGAUUGACCAAAUUCUAUCUAGAUGUUUGUAUGUUUGAAUUUUACUUACACAAGCCAUUUCAGUUUAAGUUGCCUUAUUCUGUCACAUCGUUCUUGUCAAGUCUGAGCUUUGUCAUGUUGGAAUUCUUCUAACAAUGAAUCUGUGAUGUAAAAAUGUAUGAUGUGCUACAAAUUUUAUUCAUAAUAAACUAAGUUAUAGCCUAUUGUAACCUAUAAAACAUUGCUUGUAAAUCGUCUAAUUUAUUUUUUCAUUUAUGUACAUUUUCUUAUGUAAAUUUUUAAAUAUUUGUUGUGGCCUGUUCUAUAAACAUUCUUGUACUUUUCUCCUUAAUCCUUAUUUGCAUGAAGGAAGCUUAGGUUUUGCUUGUUUAUAUUGGCUGGCAAUUAGGCCAACUUCAGUACUUUCUGCCUUCUUUUCUGUAGUUUAACUUUUUCUAGUUUUCUUCAUAUUCUAAAUAAAUGUUAAAAUCAUACUUUUUAUUUCCUACUUUCCAAAUAAAUUCUCUAAGUUGUUUCCUA